AGGACGGGACGCGACCGUGAACUGAUGUAGUAUCAGGAGUAUCGCCCAAAGCCGGGCACUGUGUCAGUGAUACGCACCACACACACCAUGGGCGCCACGAGGACGUUCACCAGCGUGGCGAGCAUUCUGCUGCUGGUCUUGGCGACCACGGCGAGCACCGCCAAGCUGCCCUCCAACUGGAAGACGUGCGUGAUCAACCAGUCGAAUACCAACGCCUGCCUCAAGAAGAGCAUCCAGACGGCCAUCGAAGACCUCACCACUAAAGGCUCGCAAUCACUCGGCGUGUUCCCCCUCGACCCGAUGAGGAUUUCAAAGUUGCGGCUGCAGUCCGGAGCUGGCUCCAUAGUGCUCGACCUCACCUUCCUCGAUCUGGACAUCUACGGCUUCAAGAGCCUACGGAUUGAUGACGUUGAUUUGGACUCUCCCAAGGACCGCCUCAAGUUGAAAGUCACAAUCACCUCCGACUUCGUCCUCAACGGCGACUACGUGGUGAAGGGUAGGCUCCUCGUCGUGCCUAUCGCUGGCGCUGGCAGGUGCAACAUCACACUUGGUAAACCAGUGGCAGCCACUGGAGAACUAAACUGGAAGAAGCAGAAAGGCGCCGGAGGACGAAUGUACGCUCACGUAGAAAAAUUCCAGUUCGAUUUCAACCCGAAGACAUUCAAGCUCCACUUCCACGACAAGGAUCACGGGAAUGACCAGCUUGGGAAAACUUUGAAUAGGAUAGCUAACGACAACGCCAAUGAAAUCCUGAAGGAUCUCAAACCAGCAAUUUCCGUUGCCUUUGGACAAGCCUUCGAAGACAUUGCCAACCGAGUUUUCAGCAAGGUACCCUACGACGACCUUUUCCCUAGCAAAUAAUUUAGUACGUGAAAAGUUUUUGACUUCACCUCCAGCCAAUAUACCAAAUUUAUUUAUAUCUUUUGUGAGAGGAAUGUGAUUUUAUGUGAUAAUUAGUUAGGUUUAAAAAUAAUCGACUGUUUCCCAUAGAAAA